AUGAAAAAAUUUAUUUUUAUUAUUUUUGGAAUCUUUGCUUCAUUUGUGGCUUAUUUGAGAACAAUAGAAAUAAAUGAAUAAGUUUAGCAACUUCAAUUUGCACCAGAAAUCAAAGAACCUGGUGCAGUAUUGAAAGAUGGAAGAUUAGUAACAAAUGGAUUUGCACGUAGUGAUAUUAGAAAAUUUGAUUCUUCAUAGAUAUCUUUGUUUAAUCGAUUAUUUAGAUUUAAAUAAUGGGAUUACUUUCAUUUGAUAACAUCUUAAGUUUAUCUUGCUGUUGCUUUUGUAGAUUUAGGCUAUGUUCAAAGCAUUUAAUUUACAUAUUAUUCAGUGAAAAAUGACAAAUUCAUUCAUAAAGAUAAAGUGGUUUACCCAUUUUAGAGUAGAUAAUUUACUUUAGAAGAUGAAUGUACUCUUAAAGAUAAUUUAAGUAGAUCAUUUAUAUCUGACUAAAUAAAUGUUGAAUAUAAAGGAUGGUUACAUAAUGGUGUAGAAAUGAGAUCAAUUUAAAUUACUUUUGAAGAUUUUGAAGCUUCAUUUGUGAUGGAAUCACAUUAGAAAGAUGAUAUGUAUUUAUUAAAGCCAUUCACAAAUGAAGGAGAUAAGUUUUUCUAUAGUAGAAAAGCUUAUGGAUGGCAUGCUUAUGGUUAAAUUCAAAAUAAGAAUGAAGCACAUAAAUUCACAAAGGCUAAUGCUGGUAUGGAUUAUGGAAGAGGGAUAUUUAAUUAUGCUACAUUUUGGUUAUGGAUAUCUGGUAUGGGAUUUUCAGGAGAUCAUAGAAUUGGAUUUAAUUUAGGAGCUGCUGGAGAUAAUAUUAAAGGUAAAGAAACUUCAGAUGAAGGUAUUUUUAUCGAUCAUCAAUUAUAUAUUCUCAAAAAUUUAGAAUAUAACUUUGACCUUAAUGAUCUUUAAAAGAAAAUUACGGUUAAAGGAACAGAUUUUUAUUUAGAAUUCAUUCCAAAAACUACUCAUUUGUUUACUGAAGAUUUAUUACUAAUAGAUGUUAAGUUCAGACAGUUACUUGGCGUAUUUAAUGGAAAAUAUUAAGAUAUAGAAUUCACAGAUAUUAUUGGUAUUGUUGAAUUAAAUAGAGCUAAAUGGUGAUUUAUAUUAUAAU